CUGCCGAUCAUUAAGUCCAUGUGCUCUUACAGAAGCUUGUGUUGCUUUGAAGACGAUCAAGUAGGAUACAAGUGCAUACCCAAUCAGUUCAAAAAAAUAUCUCCCUGGUCUCUGGGAGCAUAUCCCGCUUAUUCUUCGUACCCAGCAAGCAGGUUACAAGAUGGAAUUAGUUCUAGCUUCGCUGGAACGCACGGUGCUGUGGAUAGCCAUUUUAGCAUAGAUUUGGGUAUGGAAAAACCCGUGAGAUUUGUAACAAUUAAUUUGCAAUCGACUGUUUCGAAGGCUGCCAUUAGAAUUGAUACUAAUUUGUGUUCAGACGUACCGGAAGUAGCUAACGUAGAGUUUGUUGUGGAAUGCAAUUCCUACUUAUCAGGACGACAUGUUAUUUUCUUCCACCAAUUGGAUUCUCCACAGAGCUUGUAUGCAUAUGAGAUGCACGUUUACGGCGAUGCGUAAGUAAAUCACGGAGAACACAUAGUAAUGCAUAUUGGCUUCAAGUCUUGUGCGAAGACAUACUCAAUGCCAAGGUAUUUGUAUAACUAACCAAAAAAAGACAUCUUUGUUAUGUAUUCAGUACUAAAGUAAGUGGUUUUAGAAACACGGCACAUACACAUUUUUGUAAACAUUUUGGUAAAGCUGCUUUAAUUUUUUUUUAAAACGAAAAUUUUAUUCCGAAAAUGUAGUUUAUGCAUAUUUUAAAUUGGGUAGCCUUUUUCAGUUUAACUAACAGUGUACUGACAACGAAGAUAUCAAGGUAAUGGUACACUGUAUUGUAUAUAUGUUCAGAUUUUAUGCUACUGUACUAUUUAAUAAUAAGCGGUAGUGGAUGCCUUUUUUGACGAUGACUUAUCUUGACAUUUUUUGUUUAAGUCCAAUUCACGUUUCACGAAAAGAACUUAAUCUCA